AUGGAAGAAUUUAAUGUUUUUAUUGAGAAGAUGGAGUUGUUAGAUCCUCUGCCUCUUGGUAGGAUCUUUACUUGGUAUAGGUUAGAUGGUAAGGCCAUGAAACGUUUGGAUAGAAUCUUACUUUUGAGAGGGUUGUUGGAGGCUUGGAAGGUGGGUGGGUUGGUAGCCGGUCCUAGGGAUCUUUCGAACCAUUUCCCCAUUUGGUUCAAAAGUAACUCCUAA